AUGUUUUCAGUCACUAUUGCAUACCUGGGUCUCCUGUGUUGUCCUUGGGUCUCCUAUUGUGUCCCUGGGUCUCCUGUAUUGUCCUUGGGUCUCCUAUUGUGUCCCUGGGUCACUAUUGCAUACCUGGGUCUCCUGUGUUGUCCUUGGGUCUCCUAUUGUGUCCCUGGGUCACUAUUGCAUACCUGGGUCUCCUGUGUUGUCCUUGGGUCUCCUAUUGUGUCCCUGGGUCACUAUUGCAUACCUGGGUCUCUUGUGUUGUCCUUGGGUAUCCUGUGUUGUCCUUGGGUCUCCUAUUGUGUCCCUGGGUCACUAUUGCAUACCUGGGUCUCCUGUGUUGUCCUUGGGUCUCCUAUUGUGUCCCUGGGUCACUAUUGCAUACCUGGGUCUCCUGUGUUGUCCUUGGGUCUCCUAUUGUGUCCCUGGGUCACUAUUGCAUACCUGGGUCUCUUGUGUUGUCCUUGGGUCUCCUGUGUUGUCCUUGGGUCUCCUAUUGUGUCCCUGGGUCACUAUUGCAUACCUGGGUCUCCUGUGUUGUCCUUGGGUCUCCUAUUGUGUCCCUGGGUCACUAUUGCAUACCUGGGUCUCUUGUGUUGUCCUUGGGUCUCCUGUGUUGUCCUUGGGUCUCCUAUUGUGUCCCUGGGUCACUAUUGUAUCCCUGGGUCGCUAUUGCAUACCUGGGUCUCCUGUGUUGUCCUUGGGUUUUCUAUUGUGUCCCCGGGUCUCUUAUUGUUUCGCUUGACCUGCUAUGUUGUCCCUGGGCCUCCUGUGUUGUCCUUGGGUCACCUAUUCUGUCCCUGGGUCUCUUAUUGUGUCACUUGGCCUCCUGUGUUGUCCCUGGGUCCUCUGUGUGGUCCAUGGAUCUCCUGUGUUGUCCCUGGGUCCUCUGUGUUGUCCCUGGGUCUUCUGGGUUGUCCCUGGGCCUCCUGUGUUGUCCCUGGGCCUCCUGUGUUGUCCCUGGGUCCUCUGUGUGGUCCAUGGAUCUCCUGUGUUGUCCCUGGACCUCCUGUGUUGUCCCUGGGUCCUCUGUGUUGUCCCUGGGUCUUCUGGGUUGUCCCUGGGCCUCCUGUAUUGUCCCUGGGUCUCCUGUGUUGUCCCUGGGUCUCCUGUGUUGUCCUUGGGUCUCCUGUGUUGUCCCUGGGUCUCCUGUGUUGUCCCUGGGUCCUCUGUGUUGUCCCUGGGUCUUCUGUGUUGUCCCUGGGUCUUCUGUGUUGUCCCUGGGCCUCCUGUGAUGUCCCUGGGUCUCCUGUGUUGUCCCUGGGCCUCCUGUGUUGUCCCUGGGUCCUCUGUGUUGUCCCUGGGUCUUCUGGGUUGUCCCUGGGCCUCCUGUAUUGUCCCUGGGUCUCCUGUGUUGUCCCUGGGUCCUCUGUGUUGUCCCUGGGUCUCCUGUGUUGUCCCUGGGUCUCCUGUGUUGUCCCUGGGCCUCCUUCGUUGUCCCUGUGCCUCCUGUGUUGUCCCUGGGUCUCCUGUGUUGUCCCUGGGCCUCCUUCGUUGUCCCUGUGCCUCCUGUGUUGUCCCUGGGUCUCCUGUGUUGUCCCUGUGCCUCCUUUGUUGUCCCUGUGCCUCCUUUGUUGUCCCUGGGCCUCCUGUGUUGUCCCUGGGUCUUCUGUGUUGUCCCUGGGCCUCCUGUUUGUCCCUGGGUCUCCUGUUUGUCCCUGGGUCCUCUGUGUUGUUCCUGGGUCUCCUGUUUGUCCCUGGGUCACCUCUGUUGUCCCUGGGUCCUCUGUGUUGUCCCUGGGUCUCCUGUUUGUCCCUCGGUCUUCUCUGUUGUCCCUGGGUCUUCUCUGUUGUCCCUGGGUCUCCUGUUUGUCCCUGGGUCUCCUGUUUGUCCCAGGGUCUUCUCUGUUGUCCCUGGGUCUUCUCUGUUGUUCCUGGGUCCUCUGUGUUGUCCCUGGGUCUCCUGUUUGUCCCUAGGUCUUCUCUGUUGUCCCUGGGUCUACUGUGUUGUCCCUGGGCCUCCUUUUUUGUCCCUGGGUCUCCUGUGUUGUCCUUGGGUCUCCUAUUGUGUCCCUGGGUCCUCUGUGUUGUCUCUGGGUCUCAAAUUGUGCCUACUGGUCUCCUGUAGUGUCACUGGCUCUCUUUUAGUCAUUGAAUUUAAUUCAGUGAAUGUUUGUAAGAGAGUUCAUCCUUUUUAAAUAUCCCUCGUAAUAAUGGUUUUCCUGAAUUCAGUCCUUUCUCGGAUUGCUCUUCAUGUCAUGUGAAGUAUGGUAGCAGUAGUAGUAGUAGUUGUUGUGUGUACUAGACCCAUCAUGUAUCCUAUGUAAGGCAUACACACAUACAUAGUUAGGGCAUGCUUGGAGCUACAACACUGUAGCGCUGGGACCUUACAUCCAAAUACUCAGUGUACAUAGAAAUGAAGGAGUUGGAUGUGUCCGCAAUGUGCAUGUUAUGUAGACUAUUGGUAGGGUUCAGUGGAUAGAAAAAUCAUUGGUAUUGUGGGCAUACCAGUAGUGACGAUCACAAAAAUGUCAAGUUAUUUGCUUAUUUUUUAAAGUAAUUUUAGGUUGACAAUGCUGAUUGGUGGUUGUCAGAAGUAUUGUGAAGACCUAUCUUGAUGGCAUUGAGUUAAAUACUAGAGCUGAGGUUGGCUGCUUUUAUAGAGCUAGAAUGUACGGUCAAGUUUAACCUUUGUAUAGAAAUGAAGUUAUUUGUUUUUCGUUUAUAUGAGAUUUAUUAUCCCCCCAGCAUAUAAUGCGGGGGGAUAUAGCGAUCAGCCAGUCUGUCUGUCCGUCCGUCUGUCCGUCCGUAAUCAUUUCCUUUUCCGGGGCAGAAUUCGAAAACCAUUCAGUGUAUUUGAUCGAAACUUGGC